GUCCGCGUGGGGGCGGUUCUUGCGGAGAUAGUGGACUCCGGGCAGGUGUUGGCUCGCCGUGCGGUGAAUUUUUUCCGAAGUCAGCCUCCCUGCUCCCCGCAUCAUGGCCACCGACUCGUGGGCCCUGGCAGUGGACGAGCAGGAAGCGGCUGUCAAGUCGAUGAGUAAUUUGCAAAUCAAGGAAGAAAAAGUCAAACCAGAUACCAAUGGUGUUAUUAAAACCAGUGCCGCUGCAGAGAAAACAGAUGAAGAAGAGAAAGAGGACAGAGCUGCCCAGUCUUUACUCAACAAGCUGAUCAGAAGCAACCUUGUCGAUAACACGAACCAAGUGGAAGUCCUGCAGCGGGACCCAAGUUCCCCGCUCUAUUCUGUGAAGUCCUUUGAGGAGCUUCGGCUGAAACCACAGCUUCUCCAGGGAGUCUAUGCCAUGGGCUUCAAUCGACCCUCCAAGAUACAAGAGAAUGCAUUACCCAUGAUGCUUGCUGAGCCCCCACAGAACCUGAUUGCUCAGUCUCAGUCAGGUACUGGUAAAACAGCCGCCUUCGUCCUGGCCAUGCUCAGCCGAGUGGAACCAGCAGAGAGAUACCCCCAGUGUUUGUGCCUCUCCCCAACAUAUGAGUUGGCACUUCAAACGGGAAAAGUGAUUGAGCAGAUGGGCAAAUUUCAUCCGGAACUAAAGCUUGCUUAUGCUGUUCGAGGCAAUAAAUUGGAAAGAGGUCAGAAGAUCAGUGAACACAUUGUCAUUGGCACCCCUGGGACUGUUCUGGACUGGUGCGCCAAGCUCAAGUUCAUUGACCCUAAGAAGAUCAAGGUGUUUGUUCUGGAUGAGGCUGACGUGAUGAUAGCUACUCAGGGCCACCAAGACCAGAGCAUCCGCAUCCAGAGGAUGCUGCCCAGGAACUGCCAGAUGCUGCUUUUCUCUGCCACCUUUGAAGACUCUGUAUGGAAAUUUGCCCAGAAAGUGGUCCCAGACCCAAACAUUAUCAAACUGAAGCGUGAGGAGGAGACGUUGGACACCAUCAAGCAGUAUUACGUCCUGUGCAAUAACAGAGAUGAGAAGUUCCAGGCCUUGUGUAACCUCUACGGGGCCAUCACCAUUGCUCAGGCCAUGAUCUUCUGCCACACCCGCAAAACGGCUAGUUGGCUGGCAGCAGAGCUCUCCAAAGAAGGCCACCAGGUGGCUCUGCUGAGCGGCGAGAUGAUGGUGGAGCAGAGGGCUGCGGUGAUCGAGCGCUUCCGAGAGGGCAAAGAGAAGGUGCUGGUGACCACCAACGUGUGUGCCCGCGGUAUUGAUGUUGAACAGGUAUCUGUCGUCAUCAACUUUGACCUUCCCGUGGACAAGGAUGGGAACCCGGACAACGAGACCUACCUGCACCGGAUCGGGCGCACGGGCCGCUUUGGCAAGAGGGGCCUGGCAGUGAACAUGGUCGACAGCAAGCACAGCAUGAACAUCCUGAACAGAAUCCAGGAGCAUUUUAAUAAGAAAAUAGAAAGAUUGGACACAGAUGAUUUGGAUGAGAUUGAGAAAAUAGCCAACUGAGAAGCUCCGUCAGUCACCAGUGCCCACCCCUGGUGCUCCCCCCUGCACGGGAGACUGGUGCUUUCACGGCACAGGCCUCGACAGUCGCCACAAAGAAGAGGAGGCAGAGGAGAGAGAAACUACCUACCUCAUUUUAAAUUACGUUUGGACUUUACAAAAAUUGUGCAAAUGAUUGGGGAAGGUAGAAGGAAAAUUUUACAUUUUGGAAAAUUUAGUCCUCCCCCCACCCCUGCCCUUUUAAGCUAUGGUUUUCCCCAUCUUUAUAAUAAUCUGGUUGCUGUUGGUAAUGGCUGAGCCUAGGGUCCCCUGCUUGUUUUGUUGUGGGGUGUUAGGACCCAUUUCCAGUCUCUGAAGAAAUGGUCAAUGUAGGUGCAGGAGAGGCUCAGCAGCACAGGCAUGGGAGCCCCACUGCAUGGAUGGAGUGUGGGGAGCAGCAGUGGGGAGACCUGGGAGCGCUCUCCCUUCUCUGUCCCUGACCGGAGGCCUGCCACCAAUGUCUCCCGCCCUUGAGGCCAUCUUCCUUCUCCUAAAUCCAGAGAUGUUCUGGCUGACCCCUUUUACCUCUGUUCUCAGUACCAGAGGAUGUCCCUGCUUCUCUCUGGGUGAGCACAUUGUAAACCUCCGAUUUGGAGAGAGACAUGGAAAUCAGCGAAUCUUCAGAGGACUUGGUCUGGCAAGGGUAGACGAAUCCUGUGAGAAUCUGGGACUUCCCUUUCCUGUGGUUGCUGUGUCUGCUCAGGCACUGGGAGUCAGUCAUGGCAGCCAGGGGAGACCAGGUGCGUUUCUGACACGCACCUGGCCAAGUGAGUUGAUUCUUAUCGGUGGGUGUCACACCGUGCCUGGAGAUGAGCAGGAGAAUUUGGAAAGGAAGUUAUGACCAAGUUAAAACUCUGCUCUUUCUUUAUCCAUAAUACUGGGCCUAUUGGUUAAUUCAUACAUCACCUAUAUGAAUAAGGACAGAGAAAUUCGAGUUAUACCCAUCAUUAUGUUAAGAAAUUUUAAAGUAAUUAUGAAAGGCUUUACUAAUCAUGAUUUGUUUUUAUUUGUAUUUUUCUGCUUAUUAGACUAAUAUAUGCUCAUUAAAAAAGGUGUGUGUGUGUAUACACACAUAUAUAAAGUACAAGUGCUCUCUUGUCUCCACCUCUCUGGGACAACCAUGGCUAGCAUUUUGGUGAACAUUUGAUAUAUUUCCUUCUGUUUGCAUAUCCACUUUAAAAAAAAUUUUUUUUUAACGUUUAUUUAUUUUUGAGAGAGCGUGAGCAGGAGAGGGGCAAAGAGAAAGGAAGACACAGAAUCCAAAGCAGGCUCCAGGCUCUGAACUGUCAGCAGAGAUCCCAUUGCAGGGCUUGAACCCACGAACCGUGAGAUCAUGACCUAGGCCAAAGUCGGACACUUAACCGACUGAACCACUCAGGCGCCCCAUCUUUUUUUUUUUUUUUUUUUAAUGUUUAUUUAAAAGAGAGUCUGAGUGCAAGUGAGAGGGGGUGGGUGCAGAGAGAAAGAAUCCCAAGCAGGCUCUGUGCUAUGCGGGGCUCGGUCCCACGAGCCAUAAGAUCAUGACCUUAGCCAAAAUCAAGAGUUGGACGCUUAGCCAACUGAGCCACCCAGGCGCCACAUAUCCACUUCUCUUGUACAAAAAUGUGAACAUUCUAUUCAGGCUCUUGUGCAACCUACCACUUCACUUACCGGUAUGUUGGACAUGUGACACGUGCAGCACGCAGAUCUAUGUCUCUUUGGAUGAUGGCGUCAUUGAGCAUUAGCUGCCCCAGCAUUUAUUUCAUGGCUUCUCUAGUGACAGGCAUGGCAAGGUUCCACUGUAUUGUGCUGCCCACGGUGCCACAGUGCCCAGCCUCGCUCACCUCUGCCCUGCGAAAGUCGCUGGAGGAUCUAUUCCUGGAAGUACAGUUGCUGGGUCAGAGAGUGGGGACAUUUAAAAUUUUAAUACCUUCCCGAUGUCCCCUGCCGAAAAGUUUUUACCAACUUACAUUGUUGCAGUGAUCUAAAAACACCUCUAUGUUCUUACCUGCUUGCCAAUCCUCUAUAUUCUCAAUUUUUACAAAUUUGCCAGUCCGAAUAGCAAAAAGAAAUUACAUCAUUGUUUUUUGUUGUUUGUAUUUAGUGAGGAUUGGCAAGUGUUCAGUUUCCUGGGUAUUUGUCUUUUGUCUUUUGGGGUUGCCUGCUCUUGCCUCAUCGUUUUACUAUCAGAUUGUCAAAUCCUUAAUGAUUUUAAGCCACCGCUAUUUUAAGGAAAUUAGACUUCGGUGAAUGUUUUCCUAGUUUGUCUUUACAAAUUGGGGUUUUUUUCUAAUAUUGCAUGAAAGUUUAAUGUUCCUCAGAUUUCAUUUUUAAGAAACCUGGAUUUCUUGUCAUGGCUAGGAGAGCUUUCCUCAUCCCAGGAACAUAAAUCCCAAUUUAUCCUGUACUCCUCCCUAUAUUAUUAUUUACUCAUGUUUCCUGUAGUGGCAGUAAAUUUUCUAAGUUCUUGUAGGUCUUUAAAUGUUUUCCCCUGCUUGCUGCCAAGUGAUUAUAUUUGCCUUAAGAGCAGUUGGGUGGCACAGCUAUGGAUAUGGGCUGUGGGUAUGGGUGUCCUCGCCACUGAGGGGUUCAGAAUACAAAGGGUCCGUUAGGAGUGGAUGUAAGUGAAUGAAAGGCUCGAUGUCCGUGCAGGUGUCACCAGGCGCAGGCAGAGUGCCUGCAAGUGUGUGAGGGGCGGAUGCAAGCUGGGGUUCAGAAGAGAAAGGUGGGUGAGAAGGGGAGCAAGAUUCCAGAGAGGUAGGGGACAAGAGGGCAGAAGAGGUACUCAAGGGAGAUAGGGCAAGGGAAGGAGGGAAGGGUGAGGAGGUGGAGGAGUCCAGGUGGAGCACCAGUGUUCCAGUUAAGUGAUGCCCACUUUGGCCCCCAAACAACAGUGAUCUAGAAAAGGUAAAAGCCAGAAAACACACUGACCCCAAAACAAGAUGAAUAUUUCUGUGGGCCAGCAAUGGAGUAAAAAUGCAAAGUAGUGAGGCAGGGCUGAAGCCAAAAGCUUGCUGGGCUCCACUGCAGAAACAAGCUACUGGCUGUUAGGGCUUAUGGAGUAGAGAGUACUGGAAGCACCACAUGCAAGACCGGAACCAAAGUCAGGCUUACUGCUGGGAGGGAGCCGGACCAGAACCCAGCCUGCACACCCGCUGGAUGACAGACUUUUAUUAGGACCCAGACCCAGGCAGACGGCGGGAGGACUUGGACUACCCACCCACUCCCAAUUUAGAACAGGUAAUUGACACAAUCCUGUUGACUGCCUGCUCUGUGAUAUUCCCAGAUUACUGAAUGUCAGCAGACCUGAUUCUAGAAUAAAGACCAAAGCGGCAGGAGCUGCAUGGAGCCAACUGCUAAACUCACCUGUGGAUUGUCAGGGGAAGAAAUCUAUGCUAAGAAAGAGUGCAAAUAAUGUCAAAACAGAUUCACCCCGGGUGAAACUACUUUUUUGGAAUACCCUGAUAAAAGACUUCAAGUAUGUUCGAAGGCUCAAAGAGAAAGAAUACAUUACACUAAAAAAGACCAUAAGAUUAAGAAGUAAAUUUGGGGGUGCGUGGGUGGCUCUGUUGGUUAAGUGCCCGACUUCGGCUCAGGUCCAUCAUUUCACAGCUUGUGGGUUUGAUCCCCAUGUCGGGCUCUGUGCUGACAGCUCGGAGCCUGGAGCCUGCUUUGGAUUCUCUGUCUGCCUCUCUGCCCCUCCCCUGCCCCCUCUCUCAAAAAUAAACAAACAUUAAAAAAAAAAAAAAGUGGGGCGCCUGGGUGGCUCAGUCGGUUAAGCGGCUGACUUCGGCUCAGGUCAUGAUCUCGCGGUCCGUGAGUUCGAGCCCCACGUCGGGCUCUGUGCUGACAGCUCAGAGCCUGGAGCCUGUUUCAGAUUCUGUGUCUCCCUCUCUCUGACCCUCCCCUGUUCAUGCUCUGUCUCUCCCUCUCUCUCAAAAAUAAAUAAAACGUUAAAAAAAAAUUUUUUUUUUAAAAAGUAAAUUUAGACAAAAACAAUGGCAUGCUGAAACUCACACAAGCAGUAAGUCACUGUUAAUUUGAAACUGGCCAUUUUGGGUGUGUUUACCACAGAAAUGAGCAAAAACUACAAAUUGCUUGGGUUGACUGGUUGGCUCAGUCAGUAGAGCCUGUGAUUCUUGAUCUCAGAGUCCUGAGUUCAAGCCCCACGUUGGGCAUGGAGCCUACUUAAACAAAUCAGGGUUUUAUUUGUUUUUAGAGAGACAAUUCACCAGCAUACCACUGGACAGCAAUAAAAAAAUAUUAGAAAUUUGGGAAAAGAGGAAGAUAGUCAUUGAGAUAAAUUCAAUAAAUGGGAAUCUUAUAUUUAAAAUCCUAAUUAUAUUGGGGCACCUGGGUGGCUCAGUCGGUUGGGAGUCCGACUCUUGAUUUUAGCUCAUGACAUGAUCCCAGGGUUGAGGUAUCGAGCCCUGUGUCAGGCUCCACACUGAGCCUGGAGACUACUUAAGAUUCUCUCUCUCUCUCUCUCUCUCUCUCUCUCUCCCUCUCUCCCUCCCUCUCUCCCUCUCUCUCUCUCCCUCUCCCUCCCCUUCUCUCCUACCCUCUCUCUCCCCGCCCACCCAUCUCCCCGCUUGUGUUCUCACUCUCUAAAAAAGAGAAAAAAUAUAUAUAUAUUUAACUUAAAAAAAAAAUAUAUAUAUAUAUAUACAUACACACACACACACACACACACACACACACACACACACACACUCUUGAGGACACCUGGCUGGCUCAGCUGGUGAAGCAUUCAACCCUUGGUCUCAGGGUCAUGAGUUCAAGCCCCACAUUGAGUGUAGAGAUUACUUAAGAAUAAAAUCUUAAAAAAGUAAAAAAACAAAAUCUUAGUUAUACUCUCAUUUUAAAGCAAGAAUAAAAACACAAACCAAAUUUCAUUAGAGUCACAUAAUAAAAUGAUUUUAAAGUCUAACAUGGAAGUCUGAAGGAAGACCACAGAGGUAAAUUUUCAUUUUCAUCACAUAACAAAGGCACAUAUAAUCAACAUGACAUCAGUGUGUCAGCAAGGUCGCUAAUGUUGACCUUGAUGACCUGGCUGAGGUAGUGUUUGUCAGGUUUUCCACUGUAAAAUUACUCUUUCUCCCCUCCUGUCCAUACCUUAGUCUUUGAAAGGAAGUCACUAUGCACAUCUAAGGAGUGGGGAGCAUGCUCCCCCUCCAUGAGGGCACAGUAGCUACAUAAAUUAUUUGGAAUUCUACAUGGGAGAUUUGUCUCUUCCCCAUUUAUUAAUAUAUUGAAUCAUGUAUUUAUAUAAGUAUAGACUGGUGAUGUUAAUCUUGAUCACAUGGUUAAGGUGACUUUGAUACUUAAAACAAUUUUUUUGAUGUAUGCUCAAGUCUUAAAACUUAGUUAUUCUUCAUAGCAAAGAAAGCUGAGAUUCCAGACCCUUCCCUUGAAUGGAAGGGCGUAUGGAAAUGGGUUGCACAGGAAGAGCUCUGGAGACAAAGCCUGGGAGACUAGAACAGUGGUCCAAAGUGGGCAGGGUUCCCUUUCCUUCUAUGGUUCCCUUUACCCAUUUUAUGACAAGUUAUAAAUACAAAUGAAAUAAAUACUGCAGGAAGUCUUCCAUGUUUUACUUUAUAUAUUUAUGAAAUGUUUGAAUUAUUUUUGUAAUGAAUAUAUUAUUUUUUUAUGUAAAAAAAAAGACAAA